GUUGAUAGGAGAAGAGGAUUGGAGCUGUUUUCUCCUUGAUGCCAAGAUAUGGAAAGCUAGGAGUACGUGUCGUUCCACAGUCAUCCACCAAGAGCUGGCCUGCAGAACCUGGGGACGAAGACCAGAGCUUUGCUGCCACCCCAGCCACUCUCCCUGCCUGUGGCCAUGGACUGUGCAGACAACUGAGCAUUGCCCUGCAACGAGGAGGCAGUGCGAGAGCACCUCAGCAUGGUUUACUUUGUUGGCCGCCCUCAGCCACCUUGCUGCUGAAGCUGCCCUGGAGAGACUCGUGGGGACCACGCUAUCCAGGCCCACCCAGGCUGUGCAGCCAGGGGCCUGUGAGGGCUAGGAGUGGGGCCUGCCAUUCAUGGGUCAUUAGGCAUUUUGGAGAUGCCUGGAAAGAGAGGCCGCGGCUGGUGGUGGGCCCGGCUGCCCCUUUGCCUGCUCCUCAGCCUUUAUGGCCCCUGGGUGCCUUCAUCCCUGGGGAAGCCCAAGGGCCACCCCCACAUGAACUCCAUCCGCAUAGAUGGGGACAUCACACUGGGCGGCCUGUUCCCCGUGCACGGCCGGGGCUCUGAGGGCAAGGCCUGCGGAGAGCUCAAGAAGGAAAAGGGCAUUCACCGCCUGGAGGCCAUGCUCUUUGCUCUGGAUCGCAUCAACAAUGACCCGGACCUGCUGCCCAACAUCACGCUGGGCGCCCGCAUCCUGGACACCUGCUCCAGGGAUACCCAUGCCCUGGAGCAGUCACUGACCUUCGUGCAGGCGCUCAUCGAGAAGGAUGGCACAGAGGUCCGCUGUGGCAGUGGCGGCCCACCCAUCAUCACCAAGCCGGAGCGUGUGGUGGGGGUCAUCGGUGCUUCAGGGAGCUCAGUCUCCAUCAUGGUGGCCAACAUCCUUCGCCUCUUCAAGAUCCCCCAGAUCAGCUACGCCUCCACAGCCCCUGACCUGAGUGACAACAGCCGCUACGACUUCUUCUCCCGCGUGGUGCCCUCGGACACGUACCAGGCCCAGGCCAUGGUGGACAUCGUCCGCGCCCUCAAGUGGAACUACGUGUCCACGCUGGCCUCGGAGGGCAGCUAUGGCGAGAGUGGUGUGGAGGCCUUCAUCCAGAAGUCCCGCGAGGAUGGGGGUGUGUGCAUUGCCCAAUCGGUGAAGAUACCACGAGAGCCCAAGCCAGGAGAGUUUGACAAGAUCAUCCGGCGCCUCCUUGAAACCUCGAAUGCCAGGGCAGUCAUCAUCUUUGCCAAUGAGGAUGACAUCAGGCGUGUGCUGGAGGCAGCCCGAAAAGCCAACCAGACAGGCCACUUCUUCUGGAUGGGCUCGGACAGCUGGGGCUCCAAGAUUGCACCUGUGCUGCACCUAGAGGAGGUGGCAGAGGGUGCCGUCACAAUUCUCCCCAAACGGAUGUCUGUGAGAGGCUUCGACAGAUACUUCUCUAGCCGCACGCUGGACAACAACCGGCGCAACAUCUGGUUUGCCGAGUUUUGGGAGGACAACUUCCACUGCAAGCUAAGCCGUCACGCACUCAAGAAGGGCAGCCACGUCAAGAAGUGCACCAACCGGGAACGUAUUGGGCAGGACUCAGCAUACGAGCAGGAGGGGAAGGUGCAGUUUGUGAUAGAUGCUGUGUACGCCAUGGGCCAUGCGCUGCAUGCCAUGCACCGUGACCUGUGCCCGGGCCGUGUGGGACUCUGCCCACGAAUGGAUCCUGUAGAUGGCACCCAACUGCUCAAAUACAUCCGGAGUGUCAACUUUUCAGGCAUCGCAGGGAAUCCUGUGACCUUCAAUGAGAAUGGAGAUGCCCCCGGGCGCUAUGACAUCUACCAGUACCAGCUGCGCAAUGGCUCUGCUGAGUAUAAGGUCAUCGGCUCCUGGACUGAUCACCUGCACCUCAGAAUAGAGCGGAUGCACUGGCCAGGGAGUGGGCAGCAGCUGCCCCGCUCCAUCUGCAGCCUGCCCUGCCAGCCAGGGGAGCGGAAGAAGACAGUGAAGGGUAUGCCCUGCUGCUGGCACUGCGAACCCUGCACAGGCUACCAGUACCAGGUGGACCGCUAUACCUGUAAGACGUGCCCCUAUGACAUGCGGCCCACGGAGAACCGCACAGGCUGCCGGCCCAUCCCCAUCAUUAAGCUCGAGUGGGACUCACCCUGGGCCGUGCUACCCCUCUUUCUGGCUGUGAUGGGCAUUGCCGCCACACUUUUUGUGGUGGUCACCUUCGUGCGCUACAAUGACACACCCAUUGUCAAGGCCUCGGGCCGAGAGUUGAGCUAUGUACUGCUGGCAGGCAUCUUCCUGUGCUACGCCACCACCUUCCUCAUGAUCGCCGAGCCCGACCUGGGCACCUGCUCGCUGCGCCGGAUCUUCCUAGGGCUGGGCAUGAGCAUCAGCUAUGCCGCCCUGCUCACAAAGACCAACCGCAUCUACCGCAUCUUCGAGCAGGGCAAGCGGUCAGUCAGUGCCCCGCGCUUCAUCAGCCCCGCCUCGCAGCUGGCCAUCACCUUCAGCCUCAUCUCCCUGCAGCUGCUGGGCAUCUGCGUGUGGUUUGUGGUGGACCCCUCCCACUCAGUGGUAGACUUCCAGGACCAGCGGACGCUCGAUCCGCGCUUCGCCAGGGGUGUGCUCAAGUGUGACAUCUCGGACCUGUCUCUCAUCUGUCUGCUGGGCUACAGCAUGCUGCUCAUGGUCACGUGCACCGUCUAUGCCAUCAAGACACGCAGCGUGCCCGAGACUUUCAAUGAGGCCAAGCCCAUUGGCUUCACCAUGUAUACCACCUGUAUCGUCUGGCUUGCCUUCAUCCCCAUCUUCUUCGGCACCUCACAGUCAGCUGACAAGCUGUACAUCCAGACGACGACGCUGACGGUCUCGGUGAGUCUGAGCGCCUCGGUGUCCCUGGGGAUGCUCUACAUGCCCAAGGUCUACAUCAUCCUCUUCCACCCGGAGCAGAACGUGCCCAAGCGCAAGCGCAGCCUCAAAGCCGUCGUCACUGCCGCCACCAUGUCCAACAAGUUCACACAGAAGGGCAGCUUCCGGCCCAACGGGGAGGCCAAGUCUGAGCUCUGCGAGAACCUCGAGGCCCCAGCAUUGGCCACCAAACAGACCUACGUCACCUAUACCAACCAUGCAAUUUAGCAAGGCCGCUGGAACUGAGCAGCAGGAGGAAGACCUGAGACCCUUGUGGAUGGUACAUCAGGCCAGGGCCACAUCCAAGGGCCUCGCCGAUGUCCUGCCUGCCCGUGGGUGCCCACAGACGUGGCUUGGUGCUGAGGACAGCAAAGCCCCUGGUGGUCACUGCUGGGCAGCCUGGGCAAGCCAGGUGGGCAGCAGGAAAAGAACAAGGGGCCAGGGCAACUCAGCCAGCACCCCCCCCCCCAAGAGCCUGUUCUAGGACCAUUGCCCUUCCGGCCCCUAGCUAUGGGGGCUCAGGUGUGUGGGCCCAGUGCUGGUUUCCCUCUGUUCUCCGUUCCUGUCUGUUCCAUGGGUGACUCUCUCUGUCGCUAUCCUUGCCUUUAUUUCCUCUUAUCUCAUUG